ACACCCUGAGGAUGGUCGUCGUCAGUGCAUGCGCUGUCAGUGGUCUGGACUCUUGUUUCAUGGUGUGUGUGUGUCUAGCUCUCUUGUGGAGAACAUCCUAACAGCAGAGCACGUAGAUAGAUAGAGCUUUGUGCUGCACCGACCAUUCUUCCGAGGAGCAAUCACUGCAAAACAUCCAGGCAAGCCUUUUUUAUUGUUAUUUUUCUCCUUUACAAUGGAGUUGUCGUUGUUGGUUAUGACAGAUGAUAAUCAUAAAACGAAAUAUGCAUGCAUGUAAAAUAAAUUUGGCUAUGUUAGAUUGAAAGUUGGGUGUUUAAACUUAUAUCCUGUAUGGGGGACGUUCCUAUAGGGACUGAGAAGAACAUCCUUUGUUGUUGUUGUUGUUGUUGUUUAUGUUUGGGGGCACCAAAUGAAACCAAACAAACCCCCAAAUUUGGCGGCUAUCAUAGCAAAUAAUUGAAUAAUCUGUACUAUUUGUACUGAUAUGAAUGUGUAUCGUCGAGAUAGAUGAUAGGUACUGUAGAUAGCAAUGACUCAGUCAAAUGCAUCAGUCUGACAUCAUGAUGUGAUGAUGCCAUCUGGUAAAGGUUGUAAAGAACAAGUUUUCAUAUGAGGGAGAAAAGAAGGACAUUAUGUUCAACUACAACUUUCAAUUACAUGCCCAAAUCAUCAUUAGAAAGCAGUUGGCGUGGAUGAAUAUGAAUUCAUAUCCAUGCUGUAACGUAGCCCAUCUGCUCCAAUGAGACAGCUUGAGUCAAAGCUUGUUUACAUGCCGUGCAAACAGUUUGUGCGCAUGUGUACUGUAUAUCCACCCUACUGUUUAUGUUGACGUGUUAAAUGAAGAAUGAUUUGGUUUCCCCUUGAAGGGACAGUAGAUCCUCGUCAUUAAACAGUUUGAUGCUGUUUGUGCUGAAGGAAGAUUCUGAUUAUAAUUUUAAAAAAUUAAAAACUGUCACUUUUAUUGCAAAUGUUGAUCCAAAAUCGAAGAAGAACAUCAACGUCAAGUUUGCAAAGUUUUGGAAGGAAAAGCGGAGCAAGCUGUGCGUCAAAAGUAGAUAUUAUUAGAGCCCUCUACACAUGAAAUAACACCCCUAUAGUCACCUUCACACUCGUAUUAGCCAACAUAGUGGACAUAAUAACAGAAAACAAGCCAUUUAAGACUCUUACUCGCUUACUCACGUGCAUUCCUAGAGGAUAUUCGUGGGUGGUAGACAGGAAGUAAUGUCUUAGGAUCAGAUUAGAGUUGCUGUGGGUUACAGAUGCAACAGUAGCCUGUGUUACCUUAAUGAUGAUUUAUUAUAAUUCUAAUAUUAUUAUUAUAGUGCCUGUUGUGAGAUAAUUUAAAACUGCAAUACCUGCAAGGCCUGUUUUUCCAGUCAUCAGUGGUGAUUGUACAGUAACAUUACAGUAACAUUACUGACACCUAGUGACCAGUGUAGAAUGCUACAUAUUACAAUUUGAAUGCGUCUUCUGGAUGCCUUAUAUUUGUAUUUUGGUUAAUUCAGCAAUUUUUAUGAUUGAAAUGCUUAAUUUAUGGGAAAAUACUGAAAAUUUGUUUAAAUGUGGAUAUAUACUGACUAAUAAUAGGCCAUAUUCAAACACGAAACAGUAGGAUUUAUGAAUUAAUAAAUAUUUUUAAACCGUGAUAAAGUGAAGCCAUGAAACUCGAAGAGCAAAGGGAUCACAGGAGGACGGAAAAUCACCUGAUCUACGCCGCCCCAUUGCCUAUAAUCAAAAAUGCCUGCGAAUGCUUCGCUAGAUAACACCAUCUAACUGCAUGGUGACACCCCCACAAGGGUCUCAGGAUGAGCUGCAGAAGUUGCCACACUGUUCACUGCUCCGUUCUCUAAAAUGUGUUGCUAAGACUGUUGCUAGGGUGCUUCCACGAGGGUGGAAGCGCUUCCCUGCUUGAUACUUCAUAUCAUUUUGAUGUACCAAUUCACUAGACAGCCACACAUGCACCGUGGUCCUGUGGCUGCAGUGUAUGAGGAUGCUGAAGAGAAAAUGAAAGUAGGUAACAGAGGCCACCUAGAUUAAGUUUCCAUUUUAGAAUCUGACAAGAUGAGGUUGAGUUUUAUUCCCACUGUGUGCAGUUCUAUUUUUGUCAUCCUUUGUGGUGUGAAGAAAUAGGAUCUUUCAAGGUACAAAGUGUCUUACUUGCAUCAGACCAUUGAGUGGUAAUACAGUAUAUUAUUAGAAUAUCAUUAAAUUUAUCUUGAUACAGAGAACAUAACCAUUUGGUGGAGUGAAUAAAAGAGGAUUCAAAGUAGCACAAACACCUUGGGGGGGUCAAUAAAAAAGUGCGCAUAUGCACUUACGCAAUAGACCCAUUAAGCUGAGAGGCAGAGCAAAAGGAGUGACGUGAUAAUGUGAAUUGGAUUCAAGCAUGAAAGGAAAUUGUGCAUUAUUUAGCUUUAGAGCAUUAAUAAGAAAUGUUUGUUCCUUGUUUCUUGUCUUUGUUUAUGUCCUCCCACAGUUAAUUGAAUUUGGCCUUACAUAAUAAGAUAAGUGUUAGCUAAACUGCUGACUCAAAUUACCCAUGGGUGGGAAUAGAAAUGUGAAUUGUUAUUUUUCAAUAUAAACUUUAUGAUUUAUUGUUGGGGCCGAGUGGUUAGCAUGUUAGACACACGGUCACUGGAAGAUCUGGGUUAGAUUCUCCAAAUAUUUUCCACCGUGGGGCACAUUGAAAAUAAAAAGAUACAAGGUCCACCAUUAAUAUCAUAAAAUUAAAAAUUGUCACAUUUUUUUCUCUUAAUAUUGUGGCUUUAUUGUUUGAAUAAUUUUGCAGAUUUUUUCAUUUUUUUAUUAUUUUAAAUUAUAUAUUAAGAAUGUGCUGCAGGCCAAUAAAAAACCUGCUGCGGGCCGCAAAUGUUCCUUGGGGCGCACUUUGGACACCCUUGUACUAAACCAUAAAAAUAAAAGCUUUUAAUGUGAUUUAUUUGACCUUAAAAAGCCUACAACCAAUUUUAUAAGGCCCUAAAAUUGAAUGUGCUGAUUAUGGUUGGCACUCUACUUUCUGUGCCAUCUGUACCAGGCUGAGCAAGUACUUUGUGUGUAUGCGUGUGUGUGUGUGUGUGUGUGUGUGUGUGUGUGUGUGAUUUAGCGGCUCUACCGAAAGAGGGUCUUUGUUCUUUGUUUUUCUUUUUGCCCGCUUCAUACAAACUCUUCUUCAUUUUCUUUAGAGAAACAUGGGGCCGUUCCAAGAAUAUGAGGAAAAGAAGUCCCCUGAGAAAGGCAGCCCUCGCAGUCGCAUCCCACGUUUGGUCCUCCAUCCCUUUCAGCCUAAGGGCAAAGGGUCACCUCUUUCUGACUCCCCUUUCUCAGAGGAGGAGGGAAAAGAGUGUGAUGUCAGCUCAGAUCACUCCAAGAGGACAAUCAGCACCAACAGUUUUUACUCUGAUGACACCGGCUGCCCCACUAGUCAGUCUGUGUCCCCCUCCAAAACCCCGUCAGGGUCAGAACAGAGUACCCACAGCUCGCCGUCAACACUCCCAGAGCGCAAGACCAAAGUGAAGAGGGUGCGAGUGAUGGCAGAGGGAAGUGGAGAACCACGAAGCGCACCGAGGCGCAAGAAGGAACUGAGGCCUGCCAUGACAGCCAGAGGAAGCGAGGCAGACUUCAGCUCGUCCAGCAGUACAGGAAGCCUAAAGACCAGGGAGAGCCUGAUUUCCAAAUCAUCAGGAAAGAAGGCUCCUUCUCGCAGUCGCAGUACCCACAUCCGGUCGUUCCCAGUCUUCAAACCAGCAGGGAGCCCUGCCAGCAACCGUGAUGCAGAUCUCUACGCUCCCUACAGGACACCACCCAGAGGUGCUUCCUCGACCACAAACAGCAGCAGCUGCAACUCCAGCCCAACCUCCAGGCGAGCAAACUUGGGCCGCUACCACUACUGUGGAGAUAACCAUGGAAUCAAACCCCCGAACCCUGAGCAGUACCUCACCCCUCUGCAGCAGAAGGAAGUGGCCAUCAGACACUUGAAGACGAAGCUGUUGGAGUCGGAGAACAGGAUGCAUGACCGAGAGUCCGAAAUCGAGGAGCUCAAAGGCCAGCUUAGCAGAAUGAGGGAAGACUGGAUUGAAGAGGAGUGUCACCGAGUGGAGGCCCAGCUGUCCCUCAAAGAGGCCCGGAAGGAAAUCAAACAGCUGCGGCAGGUGGUGGAGACCAUGAAGAGCAGCCUGAUGGAGAAGGAUAAAGGGAUACAGAAGUACUUUAUUGAUAUAAACAUCCAAAAUCGGAAGUUGGAGUCUCUGUUGCAAAGCAUGGAGCUGGCUCAGAGCGGUGCCAACCUGCAAGAUGACAACACGCUGGACUUGAUCUUUGACAGCACCGACAGCAGUCGAAAGAAGCUGAUGGGCGAGGACGAGGGUGUUAUGGAGUUGGGCGAUCAAGCAGAAGAAGCCAUGGCUGAUAGUGGCCUGCUGAUAAACGAUGAGAUGGCCAACAGAGCUGACAUCUUAGAGCAGGUCUUUAUGUCCACUGCGGUGGACUUCAGUCAGGACUCCAUCAACAAAGAAAAACCUGUGCUAGGGUCUGGCUCUGGGGUGUCUACAUUAUCAGAAAAAUCCGAUCCACCUCCAUCAGCUACACAAGAUACCAGCUGUAUCCUUUCUCUCUCCCAGGAGAAGACUGAAGAUAAAGGGAUCCAGACUGACAUAACGCCCAUGUCUCAAGACCUCCAGGCUCUGCUUUACCAGCUUCUUAAAGAACCAACGUUGUCCAUCUCCAACACUCUUUUGGGCUUCCAAAACCUUCCCAGCACCACCACUAGAUUGAUGCCUUCCGUACCCAACAUGCUAACCCCUGCUUCACUUGACAGCACCAUCUUGUACGACUCAGAUCCUGCACAGAGCACCCGGUUCAUGGAUGAGUUAGAUUUUGGUGUGAGCACAGAAAAAAGUCCCGUGUCACCAGAACUGGGUGUGGUGGGCAAGCAGUAUUGGAGCACCAGUUUCCUGGUGGAUCUGGUUGCAGUGGCAGCCCCGGUGUUACCCACAGUAGCCUGGCUCUACUCGCGGCACGGUGUGGAUGGAAGCGCUCCGGUCUACAAUAUUGCUGCACUCAUCCGGGGAUGUUGCAUUAUGGGAUUGCACUCUCUCCGUCACGUUGCUCACAGGCCAGUUGUGUAACGGCUUUCAACUCACAAGAACACAUCUCACUUUGAAUUAGAAGCACUUUCAAGUUUUUUUCUUUUUGUGAUCACAUAAUGCAGCUUUUGGGGGUCCAGCACUUUUACACCGCACUGUAUAUUACCAUCAGUUGACGCAAAAUGCUAAGAAGAAUAUUCAUUUAUGGGGGCAAUUUAUUUCUAGUUUCUCAAUAAGAUGAUCAUCUUGGUAGAUGAUUGUGUUCAUUGUUUUGUAAUGUCCCAUGUUGUCUUUAUGUUAGAGUAAAAGAUUGUCUAUUUCAGUUUGAGAUGUCUGACUUAUUGUUGAAAAAGAAACCUUAAACCUUCAGCCAAAGCUUUAAUGUAAAGUCACCUUUUUUUGUGAAGUGUAUAUUUUUUCCUUUAAGCUUUAUUAUGUAUUGCUAGCAGAAAGUUCAUAGUUAUGUGCCUGAGCUAUGUGCAAUACAAGUGGUUUACAUCAGAUGUCUAUGUAUAUUUAUUAUUAAAGCAUGAUAACCAGCCAACUGUGUGGACCCUUGACAUUUUUUGACAGGGUUGUGCUGCUGCAAAUGAAGUCUCUUAUGUAAGAUGCCUGUAAAAGUUACCUCAGAGCUUCAUUUAUUCAAGAUGUUCAUAUUAAUAAAUAAGUGGAAAGUAUCCAGAUGGCCCGACACUGUACCCAUAACUUAAGUAAACUUUUUCUCCGUUUGUUUUCAUGUCCCUUGGGUUAAAAAGCUGACAAGGUGAAGUGCAUUAAAUCCACUUUACUGGAGCUGGAAAACAGCGGCAAAGACAAACUGGGUCAGUGCCACUGCAGCUGUGUGUGUGUGUGUGUGUGUGUGUGUGUGUGUGUGUGUGUGUGUGUGUGUGUGUGUCGACCCAUACUUUUCAGAA